AUGGCUAGAGAAAUCAAGGAUAUCAAAGAAUUCGUCGAAUUGGCUAGAAGAUCAGACAUCAAAUCUGCUAUUGUCAAAGUUAACGCCAAGGUCAAUGCUAACGGUAAAAAAUUCAAACAAACCAAAUUCAAGGUCAGAGGUUCAAGAUACCAAUACACUUUAGUUGUCAACGAUGCUUCUAAAGCUAAAAAAUUACAACAAUCUUUACCACCAACCUUAAAAAUCACCAACUUGUAA